UACAGCGUGUAACGGUGAGCUUGAAUCAUCAGCGAGCUUUUCAUAGAAGCUUCAUUUGAGAUGCAAACAAAGACAUCGGAUAAGCAGACGAUGGGAUUAAUGCAUCCAUACACAGAUCGGCUCUGGCAGCAACUUAAGCAGCGCAGUAUGAAAAGAGGGAUGAAGGAGAGAAAAACAGAGAGCGGUCAUGUUGUUCUUCUAUCCGAGUGUUGUCUUAUCUGAGACCCUAGACAAACGAAAAUCACAACAACACUAGCAAGGACUUCUAUACGCUCUGUUUGAUCAACAAAUUAUGACUGCGUUGUCAUGGUCUGGCAACUAUCCGCAGCAGUAGAAUAGUUGCAGUGGUAUGGGUGAGCGGUGGCCGGAGUGACGUGAGUGCAGCUUUACAACGGCGUAUUUUGUUUCUAGCUGUCCGCUAGAGUGUUAUAGUAAAUUGUGUUCCUAUUCCUGGAUUGAAUGACGGGCAGUCAGGGGACAACCGACCUAAACAAAGUACCUCAUCUGAUUGCUGUGACUGUUAGCGGACUGAUUGGCGACAGCGCGACUUAGUUAUUUAUCAUCAUUAUUAUUAAUACUGGUGUCUUUAGCCACCCAUUUGCAAGGCGCAGUGAGAGACAAUAGCGUUUGUUGCUGAAAAAUGGCUGCAUCGCGCGCCACUGUAACUUCCGCCAAGCGAGUAGUUAUCACACGAAGUGGAGUGUUAUUAAAAGUGAUUGUAGUGUUGCUCGUCUUUAGUUGUUUGCUAUGUCACGCUAAGGCGUCGAAUACGUUGGACGACAACAAUAACAGUCAUCGCAUCAAUAAUCUCCUAAGUAGUCACCGUGGAGCUGCGAGAAGCAUCAAAUUGACGGGGUCUGGUAUCAUACCUAGCGGAACCGAUGGUGUCGUCGUGUUAGGCGAGAGCCCGGAGUGCGCUGAAGAUCUGAAGAGAAUAUGCUCACCGGGCCUGCUGCAAAAUAAUUUCGCUGUACUCGACUGCGUGCAGAAUCAUAAGGUGGAAGAAGAUGCGGGCCUUUCAGCGAGGUGUCAUCAUCUCCUUUGGAAGUAUAAACGGGAAAUCACUCAAAGCGACCGAUUCAAUAACAUCGCUCAAUCGAAAUGCCAUACCCUUCUACAAAGCUAUCCUGAAUGUGGUCGUCAAACUAUUGGAAGUGGAAACAGCUUAAACGGAGGUGGAGGUAAUAUGCUUCUGUGUCUUCUUGAACAUACGCAAAAUGCCACCGAUCCUGAUUGCCACACAUUUCUGUACCGUAUGGAAACCGUCGUUUUCAGCGACUACCGACUUAUACAGAGAUUUGCUGAAGAGUGCAACGACGACGUUGAGAAGUUCCGUUGUGGACGCUUGGCAAUGGAUUCAAAAUUACCUCAUAGUCAGGGUGCUACUAUUGAGUGCUUGCAAAAGCAGGCCGGUCAUUUGGAGGACGAAUGUCGCACGGAAAUCCUGCGAAUCUCGAAAAUACAGGGAGAAGAUUUUCAUUUGGAUAGGCCUCUGUUUUUCGCAUGUCGAGACGACCGCGAGAGAUUUUGUUCACAUGUUACAUCUGGAGAAGGUCGAGUCUACAAGUGCCUCAUGAAGCACCGGCUAGAAAGAGAUAUGACUCCUGAGUGUGCGAAAAAGCUCCUUGAACGGGAACGACUGACUAUAGAGGACUAUCGAGUCAGUCGGGGUCUGACCAGAGCGUGUCGUGACGAUAUCCGUCAGUACAAAUGUCGCGAGGACACUUCUCACCGCAGAGAGUUUCGACUCGCUCAGAUCCUUCUUUGUCUCGAGAACUCCAUACAUAAUGACUAUCCUGUAGCGGCCGAGUGCAAAGCUGAAUUACUGGUUCAUCGGCAUUUUCUGAUGGAGUCCUACCAGCUUACGCCGGAUAUGGCUGCGGCUUGUGAAAACGACAUUACAUAUUUCUGUCAGAAGAAACUCGAAACGGAUGGAAAAACAGUCCAUUGUCUAAUGAAACAUUUCAAAAAUGCACACGAUGGCCUAAUCGGUGGCCUCGGUGGAAUAAAUAGUAACCGACAAGUUAGCGAUCAAUGCAGGCGAGAACUGGAAAAAAUGUUAAAAAUAGCAGACGUUGGUGACGAUUGGCGUGUAGACCCUGUGCUUCAAGAGUCCUGUCAGCCAGUGGUAGAUGUACUAUGCAAAGAUGUUCGGCCGGGAAAAGGUCAGGUUCUAUCAUGCCUCAUGGAUCACCUCGACUCAAAGAAUCAUAUGACCGAAGAUUGCCGCGAAGCUCUUCUACAGAUCCAAUAUUUCAUUGCUAGAGACUUCAAGUUAGAUCCGCGUCUCUAUGAAGCAUGCCAUGCUGACGCCGUUAAGAACUGUCACGCGAAAGCAGAAUGGCAUCAAAAUCCAAACAAAAUGGAUCCUGAAAGGGGGCCGAUUGUUUUACCAUGCCUCUACCGUUACGCCUACCAUUCGGAUAAGAACGUUGCUCUAUCGAAGCCAUGCCUUUUUGAGGUGCGUCGGGUCAUGCGACAGCGUGCAGCCAGCGUCGACCUUCAGCCAGAGGUAGAAGAACCAUGCUUAAACGACCUCGCUAGUCUGUGCUCCAGUAACCUCGAAAAGGGGCAGGAGGUGAGUUGUCUUCAAACGAAUCUUGAGAGGUUGGAGCCGGAUUGUCGAGCCGCAGUUGCGAACCUUACGGAGGAACAAGCCGAACACCUGGAACUUAACUACCCAUUGUUUAAAAUUUGCCAUGGGGUCGUGAAACAGCUUUGCAUGGACUCGCUAAUUAACGACGUUGACCAAGGUGAUCUGAUCCAGUGUUUAAUAAUGAACAAGAACGAGCCGCAGGUCAAAAAUGAUCCUCAUUGUAGAGUCGCCAUUGAGCAUUUCCAGCUCGUUUCUCUUAAGGAUUAUCGUUUUUCCGCGAAAUUCAAGGAAGCGUGUAAGCCUGAUGUGAUCAGGAACUGUAAAACGGUGAAAACAAAAUCUGAGGUCGUAACCUGUUUAAGCUCUCUCCUUACAUCAGACGUAAUUGAGGGCCGAGAGAAGCCUCGGAUAUCGCUCCUCUGUCGGCAGCAACUUCGUGUGGAGCUCUUUCUACGUGAUGAGAACAUCAAGCUUGAUCCAGAGUUAGAUAGAGAAUGUGCAAGUGACCAGAAGCGGCUAUGUGAAUUUGUUGAGCCUGGUGAAGGCCGUAUGUUGGAGUGCCUGCGUUCUCACCGGGAAGAGUUAUCUAUAUCAUGUCAUCGCAUUGUGUUUCGACGAGAAUAUCAAAUGCAAGCAGAUAACUCCAUCGAUUUUAAAUUAUUUCACACGUGUAGAAGAGCUAUCAAGAGAUUCUGUUUCGAUACCGACACUUCACAGGCAUUAGACUGUCUCGCCGAGUACCGCCGAGAGCCCGCGCUUUCAGACAACUGUCGGGCCCUCAUUCACGCAAGGUUACUUGAACGCAAUGGCGACUAUCGUCUCAACCCGAAAUUGAAGAAGCAUUGCAAGCGAGAUGUUGAAAAGUUCUGUUUUGGGAUCAUUCAGAAACACAAAGACAAAGAUACGGAAUUAGAAGGCCAGGUGGUGCGGUGUCUUCGAGAAAAUUACCUUAGAAAACGAUUGAGCGAUGAGUGUGAACCUGUGGUUGUGUCGAUUAUGCGACAAGGAGCUCAGCUCGAUCCCAUUGUCGCAAAGGCCUGCAAGACGACGCUGGAACGACCAUGCGAUUUUGAUGAUGCAGAGGAAUGUCUAAAACGCCAGUUCGAGGAACGGGCCAUACACAGUGAAGAAUGUAGAAACGCUGUUGCUCGGCUCAUACAUGAAGGCAAGGCAGAUGUUCAGAGUGACCCUGUACUACAUAAAGCAUGCAGUGCCGACAUUGCAAAGCAUUGCUAUCUAGCCGUCCCAGGCCAUGGACAUGUGUUGUCCUGUCUCAUGGCGAAGUUAGAAGAGAAGAAAUUAGAACCAGAGUGCAGAACGUUACUCUCGAAACGCAUUGAAAUGUUUGAAUAUGCGGCUCAGGUGGCGCCGGUUGAGAAUCUUCGGGAUGUAAUGGCUCAAAUGCAGCAAAGUCCUGCCAGAAAUUAUUUUCUCGUCUUGUUCAGUUCUGUUUUUAUAGUGCUUUUCGGCAUUGGUCUUGUCUGCGGGAGAAUUACGAAACGUGUGCCUACUCAAGUAAAAAACAAAUAAAAUAAAAACUCAACGAGGCAUUAUCGUAAGUCCUAGACACGCGCACAAUAACUGUGCGAUGUUGGAUUCAAGAUGUAAACUACAAAGAUCGAUCACUGCAUCAGCAAUUGAGUCUGUUCAAUUUCGAAUUUGCGCGCCUAAUUGUUCAUAACCUGUCAGUUAAUUCAACGUCUAUUCAACACAAAGCUUAAAUGCCUCUGUAGAACCAGUGUUUACCGAUAAUUGCAUACGUCAGCGUGCAACGACUUAUGACUUUUAUGAUAUUAUUGUUAUCCCAUUCAUUAAAGAAGCGUAGCUAAAUAUGUAUGACGAUUAUAUCAGGGAAAACAGGUCAAAUCAGUAUAAUAGACAGUCAACAGGAGCUAAAAAUAAUUAAUUCGACAACCGUUUGGAUCAAACCUCUGCGACGACCAUCCAUUUUACAAAGGUAUGCUAAUUAUUAUCAAUAAUGUGAGUAAGGCAAACAAAUGUUGCCAACAAGUAUUUUUAAAAGACAAGUGAAUGUAUUUGUUAGAUGCUUCAAAGCUGCUCUUCGAUAUCUUUAAGCGCAUUUGUCUUACCGUUAGGGUUUGACAGAUGUUAGAAAGAUGUCGGAAGUAUGACAGGCAGGCUGCGCGCAGAUUUAGGAUUGCUCAGAUUUUAGUUAGUACGGCUGUGGUUAGCUGUAUAUCGUUGAGGUAGAGUGCUUUAUGUAAAAGCACAGGGCUUAAAAACGCUGAAGAUGAUAGUAAUCAACUUCGAGUCGAACAUAAAUUAUUAUAUAUACCUCCGGGAAUAAUCAUGACAAUUCCUAUGAUAUUGAUAAGGUCAGGGUGACUUAAGCGGAAGUAAGUGGGUCAGAUAUGGUUUAAGGUUGGAAGCGUAACUUGGAAGGAAUGGAACGAGAAGCUACGCGUAGAAAGAACUAAGAUGUAAAGUCUCGUCAGGUUCGUGUGAACUAUAAUAGGUGCGGGUACCACUAUAUGGGGAAACAAUCAGAUUUAUAUUAAAAUGAAAUAUAGGAUAAUGUUACCAGGCAAAGCAUAUGGAAAACUGGAACUGUUGUAACAUUUUCAUACGCUCUAAUAAUUUUCCAAUAGAAGAAUUGCAGGUUCAUCUUGAAUUGGUGUGCCUAUUAUAUAUAUAUAUAUAUAUAUAUAGAGAGAGAGAGAGAGAGAGAGAGAGAGUGACUGAGCGAGAUAGAGCAAUGUUUGCUUCUUUACUUUAGUCGUAAAGAACUACACACUCAACGCAAAUUGCGUUUUACGUGGAAGUUAGGGAUAGCACGUCGAACUUUAACUGGCCGUCAAAAUUUAAUAGAGUUAACCGCGAUUUAAAGCAUUUUUUAUCUAAAGCGUUGGUAUAAUAAUUUACAUGCCUUAGGAGAGUAGCUGAGUCAAUAACAAUAUAAUUAGUUUGUGUUAAUGCGAGACGUUUCUAUAUUGCCGUCUCUAGAGAGCUAGGUAAGAAUUCCUGUAUAGAACAGGGUGGCGCGUUGCUGGCUCUAGCAUGAUAUACAAAUAGUCUUGUUGCACAGGCGGCGAGUAUAUUGUUCGAUCAGAUAACCAUUGGCAAUUACAAUUUAUAUCUGAACUAAAUGUACGUAUAUAUAUACACAUAUACCAUAAUCGUGAUGAUGACAUGUAAAAGUGCAAAACAGCACUCUAAAAAAGAAGUACCGCUAUCGGCUGUGGUCAGUGGUUAUAAACAUUUCUUCCCUUCCGUAUAAUUACUAUACUUUUGGUUAACGUGAAAAUCGGUUAGCCCGCUGUAGAAGCAGUACGACGUGAUCAUCUAAAACUUAAGCGUUGGUAGUAAACGGCUAGAAGUUUUGUUUAUCAGUCGUUGUUCACGUGUAGAUGUUGUUCAGUGAUCUCACGGGAUGAAUACGCUCUAUUGUAUGACAACCGUGAACCGUGAUUGAAUAUAUUAGGGGGUGGUGAAGAUGACUUAAUUUUCGUGCUAGUCGGUUUAUAUUAAAUAGUUUAAGCCAUGUUCAGUGUAACACCUUGUCAUAUGUCAUUAUUAGGCUUACCGGUAAUACGCAAAAUAACGGACUAAACGCUUGGUUAGUGAUCAGGGACGCAAUAGUUACUUUUGUAACGUAAUCAAGAUGACCAACAUGGCUGUUCCACUUGACUGGCUUGCUUUAGCAACCUUUAUCUAUCAUUGAACUGUAAAGAAAAAGUAACGCAAAAAGAUGUCUAGCAAAUGCGGCCGGGUACGUUAAUUGCAUCGGCUUUUAAAGCUUGACGUAACAGCAAACUACUAAACAAAAAUUAUUUAUCUUUUAGAAACUUAAGCCCUCAUCAUUUAGAGACGAAACAAAUCGAAGGUUUAUUACGUUGAAAGAUUCUUCGCACGUUCAAAUCACAGUGGUUUUGGCGGUCGGGAGUUACUUUUCCUUGUAUAGAAUAAUAAAAUAGUCUAUUGAUGUUAGAAGAAAGGAUGCGACGGACGACAAAACACAGCACGCUACUGUAAAGAACAUCUAACAUACAGUCUUCAUCGACGUUGGUCAAUCAUUGACACAGACAAAGAGAAAGCAAGAACUUACUUGGAUAUUUUGGUAAAUAACUCCAAUACGCAUACGUGUACGAUUAUAAUUUCACCUUUAAGGACUAAUCUUGAAAAAUAAAUUAUUGGAGCUUAGAUGCGCCCUUACAUUUGAAAUGUAUAAAAUAUUGUAGCUAUCGUAAAAACACUAGUUAUUCUAUUGGCUCGUAGUUAUAAUUUUACGAAAGCGUUUCAUUUUAUCGGCCAAGUAAAAUUGCUCACGGCGACGGAACCCAAACCCAUUAUUCAGUUGGAUAUAUACGAACGUAGUGAAAAUUCGUAUUUAGACCAGUCUUCACCGGUGAGUAUGACCGAAUAAGUUGUACAAUACGGCAAAACUACUUGUAUAAUACAAAAUUCUUUAUGGCGUUAUGUUUAUAGUGGACCUACUGAAAUAUGUACAUAAGAUUAUAAUUGUAUAGAAGAAAUGGUGAUAGGUAAACAAAUAAUGUUAAAAAAUGGUAAAUGUCAGGAUGAAAUGCUAUUAGAAAACAACAACAUGGAGCGAUGAAAGAGCAUUUAAUAAUAAACUUAUAUUGUCUAUGCUAAGGAACUGUCAAAUAGUAUUUAGCCUACUUAUUUUAGAUAGGAAAGCGUUAUCUGCGCCUUAGUCGUGAGCAAAACGUAUGGUCUCAGAAUAUGUUGAUACAAAUUUCGUCGUCUGCUUCUUUCUGAGAAUGUUUAUUAAACCAGUGAAGGGAGAUGGUUUGCUAAUACCUAUCGCGUUAUUCUACUUAGUGAGACAGUGAUUCACUUUUGUUUUACAUGCGUUUUGGAUUGAGAUUGAUCACGCGCUGACAUUGUGUUUCUGGCUUUAUUGCGAAACGUCUUGCCUGCUUGAAUUAUUCAAAUAAGUUACUUCAUGCAUUUAAUGGAAAUUAGGUCCUGUCGUAUGCAAAAAUUAUCUCAAUAAGCAUCCGUCUCGACUUGCACCGAAACUGAAUUUACGAAAAGUCCUAUGAAAAUUUUUUUGAUAGAAAAGAGACGCUACCCGCUCAAAUUGCGGACAGAGGCGCAUACGUUAUCUGUACGCACAUUAGUUUUUUGUUAGCAAGAACCACACGUUCCCAAAUCAUUUACGAAGUUUAGCUGAUUCAGAGCUCUAUUGUUCAGAGCAUAAUUGCACCGUAAGUUUCCUGAUCUAAUGCGCACCUGAGCUUCGUUAGCUGGAGAUAUCUCUGAUCACACGCAAAAAUCAUUAAGAAUUCUAUAGAGUAACUUUCUUUCUAUCCCACCAUUAAUAGAGCUGCACAGUCUCGUGGCCGUAUAUCAUAGGUUUGCAUCUCAUUAACAAAGAACAACAGAUCUCUCAAAACCGUAAACUGCAGAAAUAAGUACAUUCAGACUUUGAAAAAAGUACCCAGCUUAGCGGAGCAAGUUUCAUUUCCUACAAGGUUGGAUACUAGUUAAAUAAUUUCCGUGGCAACAUCUUGAAAAUGCAAAUGUCUUUAAAAUCUUUUAUUACAAAAUCGCGAGAGAGACGGACAAAUUUUGGCCGUUAUUUCUGGCUUGGUGUCUUGUCUGUUUUGAAAAAGCUGUAUGUGAACCAGAACUCCCGUCGGCGUUACAGUUUUGUUCUACUCACAUGUUACUUUUGCUAUCAGAUGUUAGUGAUCGACGGAUGUUUUGGUUGGGAACAAAUAAAAUACUAAAUAAACUAUCAAGUCAGUAUUUUUAAAACGGUUUGAUUUAUUGUACUGUUGAUACUAGAUAUGAUACUAUGUGAUCGAUGCAAUCACUCAUGCUUGACUAUAUAAGGCAUGGCCUUUCGACCCUGAGAGUGUAUAAUUAUUAUCGUCACAUAUAUUUAGAAGAAUUUACAUAAUUACUUAUGUUGUUAAAAUCAUCGACUGGAGUACCAUUAACUAAAGCUGACAAGUGACAUUCUGUCCCGUAACUCCCCAGCCAUGCUCUAAAAGAACACCUAAUUCAAUUAAUCUGUGUAACUUUAGGGAUUGCCUUUUUCGUAUGUAAAUUAUCUAAGUGUAUAAACAACUAUUCGCAGUGUCUAAAUGUUGCAAUUAAAAGUAAAUUUCGUGUUUCGUGGUUGAAUUGCACUCUUUUACGUCUAUCUGGCUAAAGAAGAUUUUUCAAGCCCGACUGGUUUGCAAGAAAAGAUAUAGGAAAUAGAUGAAUUUAAGUGCAAACGAUUCCGAUUACGUGUACCUACCCUCAACUUGGAGCGACGCCACGACUGUUAGACCACUCAAUAAUUGCGAGCAGAA